AUGGUCUUCUUCUUAUUGUUCCUUGCAUCCACUGUUAGUGCUGCCCUGGUUCAAUCGUUCAACUGUUUUGGGAUCGACCCAGCAACGUAUAAGAUUUCUCCCAUGCUCACAAGUGCGUUUUUCGAUCAAGACGACAAAUCUCUAGAGUUCCAGCUUGAUGGAGUUGCGUUGGAAGACAUUGACGAUAUUGACGAAUCCACCAACAUGUUCACGACUUUGCGUGUCGUCGUUGAGUUCACCGGGGACACAAUCGUAGACGAGUAUGUUCGGUUGUGUGAUUAUGUCAAAGUUGAGCCUAUUGUCCUCAAUAUCUCUGCUGACAUAGGAGGUCCAUCUUCUACUGUUGGGACAACGGAAUUCACGUCCGUCCCCACAAUCACAGCAACAGCACCAGCAGUAGAGAGCUCUGACUAUGUGGCUAGCUCGUCUUCAUCUGACAGCCAAUGGAUAGGUGUGGGAAAACGUGAUUCAGCAUCUGCAACAAGCGUCCCAACUAGUUCAUACAAUUUUCCAGAGGAGAUGCCUUAUAAAUUCAAAUUUGGUGUCCCAUUUUCUGAUUAUGCUUUUAAUGGAUCUUGUCCCAUAAAAAAGGGUAACCCUUUAAGACUAUCAUACAAGUUGGAUGCUGGUUCAUCCCACAACUUUGGAUCUUAUAAGGCUACUUUCUACGUGAUUUCUCCAGACAGGUCUCAGAAUCUAAUUUCUUGCAGACAAACAUACGUCACAACUGUUCAGCCAUCUUCCUUGAUCAAGGGUGCCGCGUUGUUAUCAUUGCUCUUUGCAAUAUUUUUGGCUGUAUGCAAUGGCUCUAUACUGAUGUUUUCACCUCACCAGGAGUCAAACAACCCGUUUUUACUCACAGCAUCAGCUAUAUGUAAUUCGUCACUACUGCUUAGCAUUUCUCCCAACGUGUUUGAUUUCCUGAGGUAUAUCCAUUUUGCAUUUUUCAUGAGUGGAUUGAAUAUACAGUACCCAGGCUUUUUCCAACCAAUAAUGGGUUCUAUGCGUAUGGUGGCUCUCAUUGAAAUUCUCACAGUUAAUUCGAAUAGCGAGCUGUUUAAACUAGACGGCGUAUACAACACAUUUCACAGGAAUGGAAUUUUGGGGCUGUUUUUAUCCGUGAGAGAUAGGAUGUCUGAGUACGAAUGGAUCUUUUUUUUUGCAAACUUUGGAGCACUUUAUGGGAUCUUGAUCCUUCUUUUGACUGUCGUUACUUUUAUCGCUGCAGUUUAUCGUCCGAACCUAAAUCCGGGUGCCAAAUGGUUGAAAAAUGUCCUCAUAUUUUUUCUUUCAACCUUGAUAACCCUUUUACUUCAUGCGUUCGUGAUACCAUUUUUAGUAUUGACUUUCUAUCUAUUCAGUACUUUUUCCAGUGAUGAUACCGUUGAAUACUUGACUUCUCCCAGGGCAUAUAUCCUUGCUCUUGCAAUUUUGAUAUUUUUUGCAUUUAUUUGUUUGGUAUCCUUUUUCAUCUUCAGGUAUGCUUUAUCUAAGAGCCGGAAACAAAAACUUUAUUCCUCUUUCAACACAAUGAUGCUGUGGGGUCUGCUAUACUUUGAGUAUGAUCCUAGAUUAUUAUUUUUCUACAUUUUCGAAGUUGCAGAAGUUCUAAUAUUUUCUUUGGCGGUGGGUGUGCUUCAGGGCAAUGGUACUGCUCAGGUCGUACUAAUCUUAGUGCUAGAGGUGAUUUACUUGGCCGCAUUGUUCAGUAUUAGACCAUAUUUUGCAGGCUCCAAAGCAUAUGCAUUGAAAUUAGCAAUUGUGUGCGCUAAGGUGAUUAACAUCGCAUUGUGCAUACCCUAUAUUCGUUCUCUAGGUGUUUCUGAAAAAAGAAGAAGUGAAGUUGCUUAUACACAACUGAUAUUACAGUUGGUGGUUAUUGCAUUUUUGUUCCUACUACCAACAAUAUUGAAUGUAAUCCGGACCUUGAAGGAUCUGAGACGAGAGCAUAUUUUCAAAGUUCCUGAUGAUAACGACGACGAGUAUACACCUGAUGGCAAAGUUGGAUUACUGAAUCAAAAAGAAGAAAAUUACAAAGGCUCUUCUAAGCUAGAAACUUCUGCUUACUACCGUAAACGGAGGAUAAGUUUGAAUUCCGAUGUUACUACUAUUCCCAAGUUGACGAAUCCACUGUUGACAACAAAACACCUAUCGACUGCCUCCUUGUCCACUAGGUCUUCUUCCUCAGUAUUGGAAUUAACUGACAAGAGGGUUCUUCCAGGUGUGACUAUCAAUCCUGGCGCACGGAAUCCAUUCAACAAGUCAGCUGAGCUUGCUUAUAGGUCGAACAAGCACCAGAAAAGAAAAAGGGAGCACCCUAUUGAUUACUCCAAGAGAGAAGCUGAUAUGCUAUAUCAAUAUCUUGGAGAAUCUUCAGUUGACCCAGAGCUUCAGCAACUAUGGGAUGAACGAGAGGAACGUAUUAACUCCUCUGGAAUGUCGACAGAGGGGAAGGAAGCUAAAACGUACAGGAAAUACCAUGGAUUCUGGCCAGUUAACUGGCUUGGAAAAGACUCGAAGAGAAAACAACAAGACACAGAAUUACAAGUAGGCCAAGGAAAAUUUGAAGUCCGAAGGCCCCGCCAACUGAAAGUGAAAAAUUUACCAGUCGUCAACGAGAGUUCAUCGAAUGAAAAAGAAAAAGAAAGCGAUAGCACAUCAUUAAAUUAA